AUGGGCUCUGGUACGCCGCGCCCGCUGUCCGAGUUGAGCCCAAUGACUCAACGGCGGAACUCUCCAAGCUGGAACCAGCCAGGAAAGAUGACAUUAGGCUCAUCGCCUUUUGACUCGUCCCCGUUCAACACAUACUCACCACGCCUCUUUUGGCAGGGUCGCGAGUCGGUGUCGUCCUUUCAAUCCAUGAAUUCAGAAAACACCAAGCCAUACGAUCCAGAAGUUCCUUAUUCUCCGUCAAAGCGCGCGUCCAUUGAAAACCUCAAAAGGGCGUCUCGCGUCAAGAACAGCAGUAUCAUUGCUCGUGAAAUGAACAACGAGUAUGAUCCUGCACAUGUUACCCUUCCCGAUCGCCCAUUGGCCCCAGGGCGGUCUUUUCACGCUCGUAGCCAGAGCGAUAUCCAGUCUGAAUCCUCAUUUAUCAAGCAGGAUGGUCAGUACCAGAUUGAUGAAGCCCCAGAUUCCCCACAACGCAGACCUCCUUCACCAAGCAAGGAGCAACCGUCGCCCCCCAAAUCAAGUCUGUCCAAAGCCACUCGUUUUGGAAAUAAAAAAUUUGACCCGGAGAACGAUAUCUGGUCAGACGUGGAGCAGGCGUCUUUGCAAUUUGUCGACAGGAACCCUAAAAGCGUUACCUUUGACGUAGCGCCUCCUCAAAUCAAUGAAUAUGAAAUGACCACGCCUGAUUUAUCCUCAAUUGCAUCAGAAUCACGUGAAGGAAGCUAUGAAUUCGAUGAGGAUGAAGUUGAAAUGAGCUUUGAUCGCGGCUCUUCUCUGGAUCGUGACGAUAGCUUUGAUGCUUCUCUCGAAGACCUAGAAAAGACACCAGUCGUGCUUCCUGAAGACUGGCGAUUCAUGAGCCCCGAUUCGGCGAAUCCCGAUUUAGUUGAUGGAGCCGAAGACCCUUUUGUCGAGGAGGGUAGUCCAAACCCAGAAGUCCAACCACUUGCGAAUACAGCCCCGACAAGUCGACCAUCGCGGGUUGAGUCUCUCGAUUCCAAUGGCGAAAAACGCCCGCUUCCACCUUUGCCUUCUGCUUCAACCCAGGAUCAGCCAUCUGGACCUACCACUCCUGGCAAGCUUUCAGCUGCGUUCGAACGAGCCAGCGGUAGCCAGCGGGUGUUGCCAUCUCCUCCAGCCCCAGCGUCUUGUUCAAAGACAGAUUUCACUGGAAAGGAUCAGCAUUCUCUACCUCUAGAAGAGAGACUUCGUCUCAUGAUGCUCCACGGAAGUGAGCACGAUAGCCCGCAAUCUGAGGCUGACCGACAGAGAGAAAGGCGCAUGAGGAGGGCUGGGGCUCGUGAAAGAAGUGCCGGUCUUGACUCUGAUGGUAGGCAAUCAUCUGAGCCUGGGGCAAACGAAGUAGCGACCCCCCCACAAAUCUCCAGGGAGGAUAUCUUGCGAAACCUGAAAGCCAAUCAAGACAUGAGUUAUGAUGAGGAUGAUACCCAUGACUAUUCUUCUCCAUUUGAAUCCAGCCCACCGCCUUUUCGCUCUCCUUACGAUCCUGACAUCCCGAUUCCAUCUCUGGAAGACCGACUAGAUGACAGUGACAUCGACAUCAAGGAAGAGCAAAGUGACGAUGAAGAUAUCUAUAAUCUACCAGAGUAUUAUGGCCCUGAGGCUCACGGCUUGCCAUUGCCCACAGCAGAAAGUAACGUUCAGUUAAACGAUAACGACAGCGAGUAUUCAAGAAACUCCUCCAAAGAACUUAUCAAAGAGGAACGCAGUCUAUCUGAAGAGACCGACGACCAAACUACCCCAGUUCCUACCAGCCACACUGAUGAUGGUAAAGACCUUUCAGCUCAACAGCCAGAGACAACCGAACAGGAUUCCGAACGCCUAAAUGACUUUGCAGGUCUCAACUUCGAUCUAGCCAGCGUCCAAGAGACUUUACAGCGACCAAGCACACCCGAAGAGCAGACCGGAGACUUCGAUAGCGAGCCCUCGACUCCAGACUCAGUGAUCCGCCAUCCUGUUGAAGAGGAAUCGGAUGAAGAGGAACUUCCAUUGCCAGAACCUAUUCCUGAUCCCGUUGCCACUAUUAAAGCCCCGGGCACCGGAUUAAAGACUCGCCCUUCGCUGACACCCGCAGAUUCACAAGCUAUGGCCGCAGCACGCCGUAAGGUCAGCACUCAGAGUUCUAUGGCACCAUCGAUAAAGGAAUCCGAACCCAAUAGUGACCAUGAAGACUCCGAAGAGCCCGAGCUUGAAAACCAACAGAUCGAUGAUGCCCCCCCUAAACUGUCUCUUCCAAAUACCACACAGCGCCUAAGUAGCCUGGUUAAGUUGGAUGUUCCAUUUACGAGUACUGGUGAAAGCUUCUUCGGGUUAGACAAGGAGUUUGAUCGAGUUAUUGAAGCACAAAAGGUUGCGUUUGACCUCGCCCUUUCCAAACAGACAAGCACACAUUUCUUCUCAGGAUCCAUAUCACAUAACGGAACCCAGGAAUACCCUUUAUCAAAACCCACUGGAGACCUAAGACUCUCAAAUUUUGGAACAUCAUUUGCUAACAGUCGUGCCAUUCGACAGAGAGGCUACCUCAUGCGUCAAAACACGAAAGUGAUCAUUGCCACCAGCAGCAACGACGACGACGAACCGCCACCACCCAUGCCGGGUCCUAGCACUGAUACCCCUGAUUCAAAGCCGCCCAGUUCACCAUCUCGGAAAAUAAGCCAGCCAACAUGGACCGCUGAGCCCUGGAACGGUAAGAUGCGUCGCCAAAGCGUCAAGGCUCCUGGAGCCAUCAAAAAGAAGCCCGUUCCUGGACCAGUCCCACCUUUGCCUGGCAUGCAAAGCAAUGUUCAAGAUGUUCAGCUUGCGGUUGAUGAGCCUGAGAGUCCCGGUUUGGUUGAAGAUGGGCAAGAGAGAGGUCGACUGUUCGUUAAAGUGGUGGGUGUAAGAGACUUGGAUUUGCCGUUGCCGAAGGGUGAAAGCCAUAAAUUUGCUCUCACUCUCGACAAUGGCCUGCAUUGUGUUACAACGUCGUGGCUGGAACUCGGGAGAACCGCUCCUAUUGGCCAAGAAUUUGAACUCAUUGUUCAGAAUGAUUUGGAAUUCCAACUCACCUUGCAGAUGAAGGUCGAGGGCACGAUGCUCAGGCAAUCCCGGGAACCCGCUCCCUCUGCAAAUGUGCCUAAACAAAAGUCAUCUGCCUUUAGCCGAGUUUUUGCUUCCCCUAAGAAGAGAAAGGAGAUGGAGUUGAAACAGCAGAUGGAACAGCAACAAAAAGAGAAGAUGGAAGCCAAGACCAACUCAGGUCCAUGGGACAAGUUGCGAUCAUUGAUUGAUCGUGAAGGUAGCUUUGCUCGUGCUUAUAUUUCUCUGAGCGAUCACGAGAAACACGCCUUUGGUCGACCUUAUAUCGUUCAAGUUCCUUGCUUCAAUGAAUGGGCUACUGAAGAACCUUCGAGUUUGAAGAGCAAGAAGGGUAGCUCUUCCACCCUCAUUCAGAAACGGCCGCCUUACAAGGUCGGAAACUUGGAACUACAACUUUUGUUUGUGCCAAAACCAUCUGGUGCCAAAGAAGAUGACAUGCCUAAGAGCAUGAACGCCUGUAUCCGAGAGAUGCGAGAGGCAGAGGCCACUGCGUCUCGUAUGUGGGAAGGCUUCCUGUCGCAACAAGGUGGUGACUGUCCCUACUGGAGACGACGAUUCUUCCGCCUUCAGGGGGCAAAAUUGACUGCAUACCAUGAAGUCACCCGUCAACCGCGUGCCACCAUUAACUUGGCUAAAGCUUCAAAAUUGAUUGAUGACAAGUCUUCCCUCACCCAGAGAGAGACAACGACUAAAGGAGGCGGACGGCGAAAGUCGGCAUUUUCAGAAGAGGAGGAGGGCUAUAUGUUCGUCGAGGAAGGAUUCCGUAUACGAUUUGCCAAUGGCGAAGUUAUCGACUUUUACGCCGACAGCCCUUCCGAAAAGGAUGGCUGGAUGAAAGUCCUUUGUGACACUGUUGGUAAAGGCUAUGCAGCUGGCCCCGGCCAAGUAAAAGCUUGGACGGAGCUUGUCUUCCGUCAUGAAAAGAACAUGCACGCCAAACGUGAAGCUCUUGAUCGCCUUAUGGUCUCUAACGGCGCACCGAAUAAUGCCACGAAAGAGGAGCCCGCUAUGCAGGCGCCUCCCCAUCCAUCUCGACCGCGCCAUCAACAUCACCUUUCACAGCCGGAGAUUCGCUCUCCCGAAGCCCGUCGAGAGAAGACACGAUCUUUGAUGUUUUGA